UUCUUUUUUAUACAGUCUAUGGCCGAUUCGAGACGAGUUGACUUUGCUACAUAUGCUAAUGGUAGUUUGCAAGCUUACCGCAAUAAUAUAUGCGAUUAUAAAUUAAUGUUGCUUGCGGUUUUUCUGUAUUCGGUCAGGUAACUGCAAAUUCCAGGAGUCAUGUCCCUUUAUGACGACUUGGGUGUAGCGACCAGUGAUACAAAGACUGAAGGCUGGUCUAAAAACUUCAAACUGCUGCAGUCCCAGCUGCAAGUGAAGAAGGCUACUCUCACACAGGCAAAGAGUCAGCGAUCGAAGCACGCCACAGUCUUGGCCCCGGUGAUUGACCUAAAGAGGGGCGGGUCCGGUGAAGACAGACAGAUCUCAGACACGCCCCCUCAUGUGGCUACUGGACUCAAGGAUCCGGUUCCCACGGGGUUCUCUUCGGGGGAUGUGCUGACGCCCCUCGCGGACGAGUAUGACCCGAUGUUCCCCAACGACUACGAGAAAGUGGUGAAACGGCACAGGGAGGAGAGGCAGAGGCAGCGAGAGCAGGAGAGACAGAAGGAGAUAGAGGAACGAGAGAAGAAAAGAAAGGAGCGCCACGAAGGUGGGGCUCCCAGUGGAUUCUCCCAAUUUCCAGCUGAUGGAGAGUCGGAUGAAGAGGACGAUUAUGAGAAAGAGCGGAGGAAAAGGAUUAUUGGUGGAGCUGCCAUUGCCCCUCCUACAUCCCUGGUGGAAAGGGACAGAGAGCUGUUGAAUGCAGCAUACCAGUACGAUGAUGAGGGACGGCCUCGUGGGCCCUCGUCCAAAGCGGCCAUCCCUCCCCCCAUGUACGAGGAUUCAGAGCGCCCCAGAUCGCCUCCUGGACCCACCAACUCCUUCCUCGCCAAUAUGGGGGGCACGGUGGCCCAUAAGAUCAUGCAGAAGUACGGUUUUCGGGAGGGCCAGGGCCUGGGCAAGCACGAGCAGGGCCUGAGCACCGCCCUGUCUGUGGAGAAGACCAGCAAGAGGGGCGGCAAGAUCGUCGUCGGUGACCUCGUCGACAAAACGCCAGGACCCAGCCAGACCGCCCCUCCUGCAGGUGAAGUGCCCAGCUGGAGCUUGGGUGCUGCAGCGGAUGCAGGGAAGAAAUCUGAUGCCAACCCACUGACCGAGAUCCUAAAAUGUCCCACCAAAGUGGUGUUGCUGAGGAACAUGGUGGGGAGAGGAGAGGUGGAUGAGGACUUGGAGGGAGAGACCAAAGAGGAGUGUGAGAAAUACGGGAAGGUCAUCAAGUGUGUGAUUUUUGAGAUCUCCGGUGUCAUAGACGAGGAGGCUGUCAGGAUAUUCCUGGAGUUUGAGAGGGUGGAGUCUGCCAUAAAGGCUGUUGUGGACUUAAAUGGCAGAUACUUCGGUGGACGGGUGGUGAAGGCCUGCUUCUAUAACCAGGACAAGUUUCGACUGUUGGACUUGGGGGAACAGGUGUGACGCUCACAACGCGUUGACGCUCCCUGGAGCCGGGCGUUUCGGGGCCACGGACACAUUUCCAUCGGCCUCUGAUGUAUUUCUGGACUGGGACUCGCUGAACAUGACCACCAUCGCUAUCAGCUGUAUUUUGUUAUGUGUUUGUGAUUCCAGGGGAGGAUGGGCUGUUCUUGAAGUUGGACAGAGUGUGAUGUACAGUCAUAAGAGAAUAGUAUGUUUUCUUUUUUUUUUUCUUUUUUUUAACAGCAGUUUCAGCAGUAGGUUAUGGUUAUGCACUAUAAUACUUGGAUAAAUUGAACCUUUCAGUUUGAUGGUCUUCCCCGCUAUAAAACUUUGUAAAUAAUGCAGCAUAGAUAUGCAGUUCAGUGUUUGUACUUGUUUUAAGCAUGUACAUGUGUAACCCUGGCAAUAAAUAAUGUGGUUUAAUUUUUAACAUAUUUUAAAAUGCA